AUGUUUGAUCAUAUGAAAUUGCUGCGAUGCAUCAGCUUCACGGCGUCGCGUGAUUGGUUUUUCCGGCAAUCAUUCGCAAACGCCGGUCUCCGUUCCGUCACCACCGAUCUCUCCCACGGCAAUUCGAUCGCAACGACGGCUAUGCAUUGUUGGAUCCCUAAAGCCCCAAAUCGAUCUAAACCCAACCUCCUCCUCGUCCACGGAUUCGGCGCGAACGCGAUGUGGCAAUACGGCGAGCAUCUUCGAGCUUUCACCGGCCGAUUCAACGUCUACGUUCCCGAUCUCCUCUUCUUCGGGUUAUCUCACACAGCGGAACCGAACCGGACCGAAUCGUUCCAGGCUCGGUGUCUGAUGCGGUUAAUGGAAGCGCACGGAGUCCAGAGGAUGAACAUCGUCGGGAUUAGCUACGGCGGAUUCGUUGGGUACAGUUUAGCGGCGCAGUUUCCGGAGAAAGUGGAGAAGCUGGUGUUGUGUUGCGCCGGGGUUUGCUUGGAGGAGAAAGACAUGGAGGAUGGAUUGUUUAAGGUUCCAAAUCUUGAAGAAGCCACCGGAAUUCUGAUUCCUCAGACGCCGGAAAAGCUUAAGGAACUCAUUCGAUUCUCGUUCGUUAAGCCGAUCAAAGGUGUUCCAUCGUUUUUUCUCUGGGAUUUUAUCGAUGUAAUGUGUACGGAGUUUGUGGAGGAGAAGAGAGAUUUGAUCAAAUCAAUACUCAAAGAUCGGAGACUUUCGGAUCUUCCUAGGAUCAAACAGAAAUCGUUGAUCAUAUGGGGAGAAGAAGAUCAAAUAUUUCCACUGGAACUGGGUUACAGAUUAAAAAGGCAUAUAGGAGAAAAUGCAGAGAUAGUGGUGAUCAAGAAGGCAGGACAUGCUGUGAAUUUGGAGAAGCCCAAAGAGUUCCUCAAGCAUUUGAAAUCUUUUCUCAUUGACUCUCUGUAA